AUGACUUGGAUUUCCAAGAUAACGACUACCUUUGGGCUACUGCUCCUAGCAGAUGCUUGCUACUCGGCUUACGAACAUUCCGUUCUCCAAACACAUCGAGCCGCAUCGCUCUCCUCCUUAACAGCACCACAUGGCGGCGCAGCUAGCGCGCUUCCGAUCGAUAUAACUAUCGAAACCAUUGUUGCCACAUUCAUUGUUUGCUUAGGAAUGGUCCUAGGAACGUCAAACUUACGACCGAUUCAAUGGCGCGUUUGGGCAGGGAAAAUUGAAAGAGAAGGCGAGACAGGAUUCCUCAAUAACAGCGGUGAGGUGGAGAAAGACUACGUCGGAAACCCCUUCCGAUUAUUAGAGAGUCGGCCGGGAUUUGUCGACAUUCGGAAGCAAAGGAAGGAGUUUGCUGAAUGGGUGAAAAAUAAAUAG